AUGGGCGAAAGCCUGACGGAGCAAUGCCUCGUGGAGGUAGAAGCCCCACGGGUCGUGAACUUCUUUUCUCAGAGAAAAAGCUUGACCAAAUAUGAUCGUCCAGUUCCUAUAGAACAUAUCACUAAAAUACCCCUAGAAGGAGAUAGGGUUAAGCGGAGUGAAAAGGGUUUUCCAUGAGAUGGGAAAUGAAAACUAUUAGUUCGGUCUACUGACCCUGGCUUUUUUUCUAGUCAUUCCGUUCGAUUGACCUUAGCUUAACUACGUUACCUCACAUCCUCCACCUUUUUAGUAAAGGAUCGUCAACAAGGGCGUUCUAGUCCGUUGUAGAUUCUUAUUCAAGACUUGUAUCAUUUGGUGAUGCCAUGUGAAAACGUAUGAGAAGAAUUUUCUCCACACAAAAGUCUGUAAGUUUAAGCUUUUACUUUUUCAAAAUCCACAGUCAAUUCCCCAGUGUAGCAUGGCAAACUUCUACUUUUAUAAGCAAAACCUAGUCCAAAAUCUCUACUCAACAAAACUUGGCGAUCAAAUAUUGACCUCAUUUUAUUGAUACUAAUAUAAAAAUUCCAGCCAUGAUUUACAGUCCUCUUCACGCAUCUAAACCAUCUUCCCAAAGAUCAUGGCUUGGCAUGUCCAAUCGAUUUGUCCCGAUGGAGAAGAGAUAACUUUUUUCUCAUGAUAGUGAUCCCAUUAAUUUUGGCUAAGUCACAUACUUAAAGACUUUUAGAGAUAGCCUACAUUUUAAAAAUAUAACAGCACAGAUUUUAUGAGGUAGUACAUCAUCCAUCUGAGCUAUUGUCAGCAUUUGAACUUCCCACACAGUACAAGUUCCUCAGCAUUGACACGAGUUAAGCAAAAGAAUGAUUACAUCAUGUAAUCAAAAAUUCGAAACAAAGCACAUAGAACAAUCCAUUCAGAGAGGAAAAGGCACCAACGAAACUACUACUACCGAAUAAGUUCUCUCUUCGAAGCUAUUGUGGUGAACAUACCCUAUCAUUUUCUCAACCUGCUUUGCAACGUUGUAUUCCAGAUCUGCCUCCUUCUGCUUUGUGCGCCCUGAUUUGGCCAUCUUCUUUGAUUCUAAAAUCCUUGGUAAGACAUAGAGCUGGUAAUCUUCAUGCAAAAGUAUGUACUGCGGAUUCAACAAAAAAGGGCAUAAACAUAUAGGAAACGGGAAAAAAAAUGUAACCAUGUGAAAAGAAAUAGUUACCUCAUCCCUGAACAAUGUCAGAAUUACACUUUCUUUCAAUGCAACCUGAAAAUAAAACCUAAAUUAGCAAUAAAAGCGCUGUUGAUGGAGAAAACGUUCUUCAUAAAUGGCGGAUCACUGCAGAUGGUGUUCUUUCAGCUUAGAUGUGGAAGGCAGCCAUUGCCUAGAGAACACCCAUAAGUCACAUCCAGGAUAAGUUGAACAAAAUUAGUACUUCAUAUGGAAAUAUAGUCUGGAAGAACGAAUUUCGGUGGUCUUUAGAAAACAGGUAAAACAGGCAAGAGAGCCAAGGAAUGAGAUGAAUACAGCUUCUAUAUGUGAACAUAUUUAA